UGUGAGUUCAACGUCAUCGGCGGGAAUCACCCCAAUGAUUAAACAGGUUUGAAUACUUCUCCUCGUCUUAGAGCCAGUUGUAGUUAAUUCUUCGAGCUGUGAAGUAUCAUUAUGCUGCUCUUCAAAGUUGCAUUAUAUGCGAUUGUGGUUUCUGCAUAUCUUAUAGUCAAUUGUAGCACAUUCACAAAUAUUCCUCCCAAAGAUUAUGAUGAGAGAACCGGGCUGGACGAUUGUGUGGAACGAUUCUAUACCUUCACUAAUUAUGGUGGCGUCAAUUCUGUGCAUCACGGAACUCCAAUCAAGUUAGAAGAAUACAGCGCUUUUGCUGCCAUUGGAUGGACUCGCAGCUCUAUGAAGGUAGAUUAUCUGUGUGGUGGAACGUUGAUUACCUUAAACUAUGUCCUGACAGCAGCCCAUUGCAGUGCCGAUAGCAACCAGGAACAUCCAGACACGGUUAGAUUAGGAGAUGUUGAUCUUUCGAGCGAUCAAGACGAACAAAAUGUCCAACAGGUCGCAAUCAAACGUUUCCUUCCUCAUCCUGACUUUAAAGUGUCACGAUCAUACCAUGACAUUGCAUUGAUUGAACUUGUAGAAUCUAUCAAUCCGGGACGAUUCGUCUGCUCGGCGUGUCUCUGGACUGAUAUGAGUUUAGGCUUCGAGGUUCUAACGGUAAUGGGAUUUGGAUCGACCACAUUUGCUGCAGAAUCAAGCCCCAUAUUGCUGAAGGCCGAUCUCUCCCCACUUGGCGAAGCAGAAUGUAGAGAUCAGUUUCCAAUGAAUCGUAAGAUAUCCGAAGGAAUACUCGCUAGUCAAUUCUGUGCGGCUGCACCAGAUAAGGAUGCCUGCCCUGGUGACUCUGGUGGACCAAUUCUUGUGGACUUGGUAGACCCCACCCCGUACAAAUACCAAAAGAAGAUUCCAUUCGUGGCUGGAAUCAUUUCCAUUGGAACUGGAUGCAACGAUGGGUCCAUGGGAUUGUAUACUCGUGUAGCAUCCUACAUCGACUGGAUUCAGAAUAUAACGGGAGUUGAUUUUGAUCCUACGACUUGCGCUCGCAAUACGGAAUGUGCACCGUUUCACAAAGAAACCAUAAGCUCAGUAGUUGUAAAAUCUCCAUUUUCAAAUGAGUUUCAUGUUGACCUAAUGAGCGAUAACAGCAGCCAGUCUAUAUGUGGAGGUUCCCUGAUUGACUAUCGGCAUGUCCUCACUUCAGCGGAUUGUGUCUCGGGACAGAACAAACCAAACUUUGUAUUACAGAAAGCAGAUCGUGCCAACAUAACCAUGAUAACAAUACACCCUAAAUCAAGCGAGCAGAAAAACAAUUUGGCCAUCAUUGAAUUGGAUAAAUUUUUCGAACCUGGAGCCCGAUUCCAAGCGUCCGGACCCGCUUGUUUGAUGAAGAAUUCAAACAGAACUGACAAUAGAAUGUUUGUAUCCGUUGUUGAAUCUCAAUUUCAAACGAGAAUGACUGCAAAUGUCUUGGUUACUCCCAGCAGUCAGUGCAAAGAAGGACUCAUUUGCAUGGAAAAUAAGGAAAAUUUUGUUCCUAAGUCAUGUGAAAUUCAACUGGGGGGCUCUGUAAUCAACUACAUAAUUUCUGAAACUGGCAUUAUCGUUCCAAUUUUGCAUGGAAUCAAUUCGAAAGGACGCAACUGUGGGGGACGAGAUGAACAGUUUGAGGCAGUCUCGAUAGCUGAACAUUACGCAUGGAUCGAGUCAGUGGUGUUGGACCACAUUGCUAAGACUAUGAAGAACGACGAAACAUUCAACCAACAAGAAUACUUCGAGGAAGAUCCGUGUCUUCCAGCAUCCGGGGAAGGUUUGGGGAAGUGCGUAACUGCAGAUCGGUGCCAACGGUUGCUGGAAAAUCACCGAAAAGGACUGGCAAAGGUAAAAACUUGUUUGUUCAAAGGCCAUUUAGCGAUAGUUUGUUGUCCGAAUGCAUAUUUAUAAUGUCUA